CGCUGUGAAAGGCAAUGUGUAUUACCUUUGGUUCAAGUACUGGUUAGCAAUCCGUAAGAGAGGCAUAUUUAUGCCUUAAUUUGGUACAGUUACCAUGAAGAACAGAUUUAAUACUGUGGAUAUUAGGGUUGUCAUUGCGGAGCUCAAUGACAGGUUCCUUGGUAUGAGAGUGAACAACGUUUACGACAUCGACAAUAAGACCUACCUCAUCCGUCUCCAAAAACCUGACUCCAAAGCUGUUCUGCUGAUUGAGUCUGGAAUACGCAUUCACUCCACUGAAUUUGAGUGGCCCAAGAAUGUCAUGCCUUCUGGGUUUGCCAUGAAAUGCCGCAAACACUUGAAGUCCCGUCGACUGGUGUCGGUGAAGCAGCUGGGAGUGGACAGGAUCAUUGAUAUUCAGUUCGGUUCAGAUGAAGCUGCCUAUCACCUGAUAGUGGAGCUGUAUGACAGGGGGAACAUAGUCCUGACCGAUCACGAGUACACCAUCCUGAACCUGCUGAGGUUUCGCACGGCCGAGGCGGAAGAUGUGAAGAUUGCAGUGAGGGAGAGGUACCCCGUGGAGAGCGCCAGGCCGCCGGAGCCCCUCAUCAGCCUGGACAGGCUCUCAGAAAUCCUGUCCAGUGCCCCUAAAGGAGAGCAGGUGAAACGAAUCCUAAACCCACAUCUGCCCUACGGUGCAACUUUAAUUGAGCACUGCCUGAUGGAGGUCGGUUUCUCUGGCUUUGUGAAAGCAGAUGCCCAGUUUGAUGUCUCUCUAGAGGCACCUAAAGUCUUAGCAGCUCUAAAGAAGGCAGAAGAGUUUAUGGAGAAAUCUGCAAACUUCAGUGGAAAGGGGUACAUAAUACAGAAGUGUGAGAAGAAACCUAGUUUGGCUCCAGACAAGCCUCCUGAAGAUUUACUCACGUACGAGGAGUUUCAUCCCUUCCUCUAUGCUCAACAUUCGAAGAGCCCCUAUGUGGAGUUUGAAUCCUUUGACAAGGCAGUGGAUGAGUUUUACUCAAAAAUGGAGAGCCAGAAGAUUGACGUGAAGGCGCUGCAGCAGGAGAAGCAGGCCUUGAAGAAGCUGGACAAUGUGCGCAGAGAUCACGAGCAACGUCUGGAAGCUCUGCACCAAGCUCAGGAGCUGGACCGGCUGAAGGGGGAACUGGUGGAGAUGAACCUGCCGGUGGUGGAGCGGGCGCUGCAGGUGGUGCAGAGCGCCCUGGCCAACCAGGUGGACUGGACAGAGAUCGGGCUGAUUGUGAAGGAGGCCCAGGCGCAGGGCGACCCUGUGGCCGGUGCCAUCAAGGAGCUCAAACUGCAGACCAACCACAUCACCAUGCUGCUCCGGAACCCGUACACUAGGUCUGAUGAGGAGGAAGAGGAGGAGGAAGAGGAGGAGGGAGGAGACAAAAGCCAAGCGCAGAAGGGGAAGAAGAACAAGGGCAAACACAAGGCACAGAAGAACAAGCUGCAGAAAAACAAGCCCCUGCUGGUGGAUGUAGACCUGAGCCUGUCUGCGUAUGCCAACGCAAAGAAGUACUACGAUCACAAGCGGCAUGCUGCAAAGAAAGAACAGAAAACUGUGGAGGCUGCAGAAAAGGCUUUCAAGUCUGCAGAGAAAAAAACAAAACAAACGCUUAAAGAGGUUCAGACGGUUACCACCAUCCAGAAGGCCAGAAAAGUCUACUGGUUUGAAAAGUUCCUGUGGUUCAUCAGCUCUGAGAAUUACCUCAUCAUUGCCGGCCGGGACCAACAGCAAAACGAAAUGAUUGUGAAGAGAUAUCUGAAGCCAGGUGACAUUUAUGUGCAUGCUGAUCUCCAUGGAGCCACAAGUUGUGUCAUCAAAAACCCAUCAGAUGAGCCCAUUCCUCCUCGCACCCUCACGGAGGCCGGGACCAUGGCUGUGUGCUACAGUGCUGCCUGGGAUGCCAAGGUGAUCACCAGCGCCUGGUGGGUUCACCAUCACCAGGUGUCCAAGACAGCCCCCACAGGAGAGUACCUAACCACUGGGAGCUUCAUGAUCCGAGGGAAGAAGAAUUUUCUCCCCCCUUCCUACCUCAUGAUGGGCUUCGGCUUCCUCUUCAAGGUAGAUGAGACGUGUGUGUGGAGACACCGUGGAGAGAGGAAGGUGAAGACGGUGGAGGAAGACAUGGACUCGGUGACGAGCAGUACAGCUGACCUCCUGAUUGAGGGUCCAGAACUCACAGGGGGAGAGAGCAGCAAUGAGGGUGAGGGCGAAGGAGAGGAGAGGCCGGUGGAGACAGGGAGCCCAGGAAAGGAAGACGGCACUGGAGAGCAGAAGCAGCAGCAGGAGGGUGAAGAUGGAGAACUGGACCAGAAUUCAUCCGAGGAGUCGGACCCCGAGGAGCCUGAGGAGCCCUCAGAGGGGGAGGGCCUGGGCCAGGGGGAGCCAGGUGACCCAGAGGGGAAAGAGGAGGGUGAGUCAGCUGUGAAGAGUGAAGACGACAGCCAGGAGAUCUGCUAUCCGGACACCACUAUCCCACUCUCCCACCUCCAGCCUACCAGGAGCAUGCAAAGCACAUCUUUGGGGUUUAAAGAUGAGCCAUCCAGCCAGGCUGAUGGUGACGGGCAGGCAAAAAAAUAUCUCACAGCCAAACAAAGACGGGACAUGAAGAAGAAGAAGAAGCAGAACGGACCUGAGGACCUAGAGGAAGCGGAGACAAAGAAGGAGGACGCUGUGACCUCCUCUGGAGACAACCAGAGCAAGCAAAACCCACCUAAGACCGGUCCCACCCAGCACUUGAAGAGGGGCCAGAAGAACAAAAUGAAGAAGAUUAAGGACAAGUACAGGGACCAGGACGAGGAGGACCGGGAGCUACGGAUGAAACUCUUGGGGUCCUCUGGCUCCAGUAAGGAGGAGAAGGUGAAGAAAGGGAAGAAGGGAAAGGGGAAGGAAGAGCCGCUCCGAAAAGCCCCUCAGAAACCUCGUCCACAGGGCAGCUUGGCCAAGAGACCUGAGCCCCCUGUACAGAUGGAGGAGGAGGAGGGAGCGGGGAUAGAGAGGGCCGCCCCAGAGCAGGAGGACAAGGUAGAGCAGGAAGCAGACGAUCAGGACCAGGAGGCCCCAGGAGCAGAGGAAGGAGAGAACCCACUGGACUCUCUGACAGGUCAGCCCCACCCUGAGGACAUGCUGAUGUUUUCUGUUCCAGUGUGUGCACCCUACACUGCCCUCACCAGCUACAAGUACAAGGUGAAGCUGACUCCUGGUACACAGAAGAAGGGAAAAGCGGCCAGAACUGCCGUGCAGAGCUUCAUGCGUGCCAAAGAGUCGACAGCAAGAGAGAAAGACCUCUUCCGCAGUGUGAAGGACACAGAUUUAUCCAGGAAUAUACCAGGAAAAGUUAAAGUAUCAGCACCCAACUUGUUGGCGGCAAAGAAAAGAUAAACCAGCACGGUGGUCAUAGAAAAGAUGCUAGGAUAAAUCUGGUGUAAAAAUGUAAUUUAGCAACUUUGGAAAGUACUGGAGUUUUGGAUUUUUUUAAUGGGACAGUAUAAACAGCCACAUUUCAAGAAUGUACAGAGAACACUGUGAACAAUAAAAAAGAACAGCUGGAACA